AUGAAAGACCGUUUAAGUGAGCUGCGUGAAUUUGCCAGGUUACACAACCAGCAGUUCUCUGAUAGUGAUGAUGAUGAAAAUUCACCCCAGGAUAUUCUCCUUUAUGAGACGGAUUAUGCCUUGGAAAUCCUUCAUAAGGACAUACAGACCAUCCGGUCAGAAAAUGACCACCUAAAAGCAGAUGUCAACCGUCUCAGAAAGCAAAACACCCGCUUCCUCACCUCCAUGCGCCGCCUUAGUAGCAUCAAACGAGACACAAAUUGUAUUGCCAGAGACAUUAAGAGCCGUGGAGAAAGCAUCCACAGGAAACUGCAGGUAAUGAGAGAUUUCUGUGAAGAUGCAAUAACAAAAUACGGAGCUAUGUCUGUCAUUGCCAGGGUGGCGAAGAACCACUACGUUGACCUCAUGCACACAUUUCAGGACGCUAUGUUUGAUUACAAUGCAGCAGAGAUGAACCAGCGGGAGAACUGCAAGAUUCGAAUUCAGCGGCAGCUGGAGAUCAUGGGCAAAGAUGUUUCUGGUCACCAGAUUGAGGAGAUGAUUGAGCAAGGCAAAUGGGAUGUCUUCUCCGAGAAUCUCUUGUCAGAUGUCAAGGGGGCUCGCGCAGCCUUGAAUGAGAUAGAGACGCGGCACAAGGAGCUGGUGAAGCUGGAAGGUCGCAUUAAGGAAGUUCACGAGCUCUUUCUGCAGGUGGCCCUGCUAGUGGAGGAACAGGCGGACACCUUUGACGUUAUUGAGAUAAAUAUGCAAAAUGUUGAGGACUAUGUAGGAGAUGCUAAAGACCAAGUGAAAAGGGCUUUGGAAUACAGGAGAAAACAUCCCCUCAGAACAAUCCUCUGCUGUUGCAUAUCAUGUUGCAGAAGGUGA